GUUCCAACCAAUGAAAGCGCUCGGGAAGGAGGAGGCGGAGGCUGGAAUUUCAGGGAUGCUUGUUAUGGCUGUCAAACCACUAGCGAUGAGAAAAAUAUAUAUUUCCAUGUAAAAUUCACCCGACUCAAAUGUAAAAUGGACACAACGGUUGUUCUCAUAUGGCUUUCUAUGGGUCCCCGGGGACAAAGGACAUCUGGGACACUUUAAUGUUUUGUGUUUCGCUUCAGAUGGGGAUCAUAGAUCUGUUUGGUUAAAGUGGUCACCAUCCUGUCGAGGUUGCACGCCGACCGGAACGUUUACCCGUCUGCAGGCGUGCUGUUUGUCCACGUCCUGGAGAGAGAGUACUUCAAAGGAGAGUUUCCCCCCUAUCCCAAACCUGGGGAUUCCAGCAACGACCCCAUCACCUUCAACACCAACCUGAUGGGCUACCCAGACCGGCCAGGCUGGCUGCGCUACAUCCAGAGGACCCCACACAGCGAUGGGGUGCUCUACGGAUCCCCCACUGCAGAACACAUGGGCAAGGCAACCAUCAUAGAGAUUACUGCCUAUAACAGGCGCACUUUCGAAACGGCCCGGCACAACUUGGUCAUAAACAUCAUGUCCACGGAAGAGUACCCACUGCCGUACCAGGCAGAGUUCUACAUAAAGAACAUGAAUGUGGAGGAGAUGUUGGCAAGCGAGGUUCUGGGAGACUUUCUGGGGGCAGUGAAGAACGUGUGGCAGCCCGAACGCCUCAACGCCAUCAACAUCACCUCAGCCCUGGACAGGGGCGGACGCGUUCCCCUGCCCAUAAACAACCUCAAAGAGGGUGUGUAUGUGAUGGUGGGGGCAGACGUCCAGUUCUCUUCCUGCCUGCGGGAGGUGGAGAACCCCCACAACCAGCUCCGCUGCAGCCAGGAGAUGGAGCCUGUCAUCAGCUGUGACAAGAAGUUCAGAGCCCAGUUCGACAUCGACUGGUGCAAGAUCAAUCUGGUGGACAUCACCAAGGUGAUCAUGAUCCACAGUAACCGUCCAGACCCAGGGACGGGGGUUCUGCCUGACAUCGGGGAGUACAACCCCCCACCAGAGUCUCUGAAGAGCAGGGACUUCUUUGCUGACUUCCUCAUCACGUUGGCGGUGCCCUCGGCCGUGGCCAUGGUCCUCUUCAGCGUCCUAGGUUAUUCCAUGUGCUGCCGGCGGGAAGGGGUGGAUAAAAGAAACAUGCAAACAGCAGAUAUCCAGUUAGUGCAUCACAGCUCCAUCCAGAAGUCGACCAAGGAGCUGCGGAGCAUGUCUAAAAACAGGGAGAUCUCCUGGCCCCUCUCCACCCUGCCUGUCUUCAGCCAAAGUGGGGAGGUGGUGCCCCCCAUACACCCAGACAACUACGAGACAACCAGCAUGCCCCUGAUGCAGACACAGACAAACCUGCAGAACCAGAUUCAGAUACCACAGCAACAGCCAUCAGGAGAUAGAGAUAAUUAUUGUAUGUCGACAUUUCGGAGACUGGAGGUAAAUGGUAUUCCUGAGGAGAGGAAAGUGGCUGAAGCUGUGAAUUUGUGACGAGAGAGAAACCCCAGAGUGCUGGAGCUGCUUUCUGUCUGGGUGUGUCCCUUUUAGCCAAGUGUUUUUCUAUGUCUACAUCCCAAAUAGCAACCUAUUUCCUAUAUAGUGCACACUUCUGACCAGGGCCCAUAGGGUAGUGCACUAUGUACGGAAUAGGGUGCCAUUUGGGACGUACACUACGUCUGUGCCAAUUUGCAUGCCCCACCAGUGCUUUCAUACUCAACGCUAUUGUCUUUCCAUGUGCACUUAUGUAUGUGAGCGAGUGUUGCAGAGUACAGUAGACUCCUGAUAAGUGCACUUAGUAUUAGUGCAAGCUCUGUUGAAGUGUAAUAUUUUUUUCAGUCCCAAUUCAUUGAUCUUUUUAACCAUGUGCUCUUUAGGGCAGCAAGUAACCUAGCGGUUAGAGCAUUGGGUCAGUAACUGAAAAGUUGCUGGUCCGAAUACCUGAGCUGACAAGGUGAAAAAUCUGUUGAUGUGCCUGUGAAUAAGGCACUGAACCAUAAUUUAUAAUACAUAUUUUUGUGUGCACACUUUCACCACAAUCCCAAGCAGUUGCAUUUAUCAGUAGUCGGCUGUACGUGUUUAAGUGUAUGAAUGUGUGUAUACAAGCUUAAUAGUGAAUAUUAAAAUUGAUAUUUUUUGAAUAUUUUGUUCUAGAAAUGAUAUGGCAUUAACGAUAUAUUUGUAUUUUUACUGGCCUUGCACUCUUUAGAGGGACAGAGAGAUGCUUUUAUGUUUCAUGUCUGAUCAUGUAUGUGUAACUGUUCUGUCACAUCAUAACAGUAAAAAUACAUUUUGUUUACA